AUGCUUAUGCCAUAUGGUGCAACCAAAUUGGUCGACCUGGUCGACCAAAUUCAUAGACCCGAGCACCGACCCAAGCAUCGACCCGAGCACCGACCCGAGCACCGACCCGAGCACAGACCCGAGCACAGACCCGAGCACGGACCCGAGCACAGACAAGAGCACCGACCCGAGCACAGACCCGAGCAUCGACCCGAGCACCGACCCGAGCACAGACCCGAGCAUCAACCCGAGCACAGACCCGAGCAUCGACCCGAGCACAGACCCGAGCAUCGACCCGAGCAUCGACCCGAGCACCGACCCGAGCACGGACCCGAGCAUCGACCCGAGCACCGACCCGAGCAUCAACCCGAGCACAGACCCGAGCACAGACAAGAGCAUCGACCUGAGCAUCGACCCGAGCACGGACCCGAGCAUCGACCCGAGCACAGAUCCGAGCACAGACCCGAGCAUCGACCCGAGCACCGACCCGAGCAUCAACCCGAGCACCGACCCGAGCACAAACCCGAGCACCGACCCGAGCACAGACCCGAGCACAGACCCGAGCACCGACCCGAGCAUCGACCAGAGCACAGAUCCGAGCACCAAACCAAAUCAACUUAUAAUAAUUUAUUAGAAAAAUCUUUAGAAAAUGCUCUUUCUACGGAUACCUGCGUAGCUGGAACUGUUAGCACAAUGGACAUCCAACUCGAAAAUAUUGGCCUUGAUUUCUUAGCUGAAUUUGCACAAUCGACACCCGAAACCUCCUUUAAUAAUUCCUCUAUAUCGUUAGAUAUAAAGGGGAGUUUUGUUGAGACUCCCACCAAAAAUCAUAAGAAGUGUAUUCAUUGCUCAAAAAAGUACAAAAAUACAACUUCCACAACAAAUUUAAAAAGACACUUGGGAUUAUCUCAUCCUAAUAUAAUAUCAGAAACAUCUAUCACAACCCCUGAUGCUUUAAAAUUUGGACGAGACAAACUCUAA